CCGGGGCCCGCCCUAUCCCUGGCAGAGGUGGGUGGAGCCAGCAGUCAGCCGUCAAAAGACUGCAGAAAGAUGGGGAAGAAGAGCCAGGCAGGCAUAGAAUAGGGAGGUCGUUCAUUAACAUUAUCUGUUUGUAUGAUAUUCUGGGCCCUGGUUGGGACUCCUGACCUUUUCUUCAUAGAUCCUUCACAAUGGGGGAGAUGGUAGACUUUUGUGCUCAUCUGGAUUCUAUAGGAGAAGUCACCAAGGAGGACUUAAUCUUAAAAUCCAAGGGAACGUGCGAGUCAUGCGGAGCUGGUGGACCCAAUCUCUGGGCUUGUCUGCAGGAUGGCUGCCAAUACGUGGGAUGUGGAGAAUCCUAUGCUGAUCACAGUACUUUGCAUGCCCAGGCUAAGAAGCACAAUCUCAUCGUGAACCUGACCACAUUUCGUGUGUGGUGCUACUCCUGUGAAAAAGAAGUCUUUCUGGACUCUGGAGCACCUUCACCCACCCACUCCCACUCCACGUCACCAAGGCUUAGCCACAGGGAUGUGCCCUCGGCCACUCACUCCCUGAAAUCUGUGCCCAUCGCAGUGGCGGAUUAUGGCGAGUCAGAGAGCGAUGAGGAUGACUUGAAGCCUAGAGGUCUUACUGGGAUGAAGAAUAUAGGCAACUCGUGUUAUAUGAAUGCAGCUCUACAAGCUCUCUCCAAUUGCCCUCCGUUGACUCAGUUCUUUCUAGAAUGUGGCGGGUUGGUGCGAACGGACAAGAAGCCAGCACUUUGCAAGAGUUACCAGAAGCUUGUUUCUGAACUUUGGCACAAGAAGCGUCCUAGCUACGUGGUGCCCUCAAGUCUGUACCAUGGGAUAAAGCUGAUUAACCCCUUGUUCCGUGGAUAUGCUCAGCAGGACACUCAGGAGUUUCUCCGAUGUCUGAUGGACCAGUUACAUGAAGAGCUGAAGGAACCCCUACCCAAUGAAAAUCAAGAGCAAGACGAAGAGGAAAGGGAACUAGAGCGGGAGCCGGAACGUGGCAUCACAGAUGAUGAUUCCAUGACAUGUGACUCUGGAGUGGAAUCAGGUGACAGGGAUGGGGUUGAAGGCUCUCUGGCUGAGAUGGAGCUGUUGAUACGGGAAGAAGCAGGACGAUCAAUCUCAGAAAAGGAAAAACUGAAGGAAAGAAGCCUUUCAUACUGCCACCGCAGAACCAGCUCCGAGCAGGCGGAUGAGGACGCUGACGUGGACACGGCAAUGAUACCUGAGCCUGACAAUGAGGCCUACAUGAAUUGCUCCUCUCGCCCCUGCAGCCCUCACCCUGCUGAAAAACACCCUAAACUCUCCAGCAGUCCUCCCCGUUCCAGCCCCUUGCGUUCGGCACACUCUUAUGUCUUAAAGAAAGCACAUGUUUUGAGUGGAGGAAAGCGCAAGUCUGAGAUCAAAUACCGCAGUGUCAUCUCUGAUAUCUUCGAUGGGUCCAUUCUGAGCCUGGUCCAGUGUCUCACGUGUGACAGGGUGUCCACCACCAUCGAAACCUUUCAGGACCUGUCUUUACCUAUCCCAGGAAAGGAAGAUCUGGCAAAGCUUCAUUCCACCAUUCAUCAAAGUGCUGUCUCUAAAGCUGGCCCCUGUGGAGAUAGCUACAACUCUCAAGGGUGGCUGGGCUUCCUUAUGGACUACAUCCGCAGGUUUGUGGUCUCCUGCAUUCCAACCUGGUUCUGGGGCCCAGUAGUCACAUUGGAGGACUGUCUAGCUGCUUUCUUUGCUGCAGAUGAAUUAAAAGGUGAUAAUAUGUAUAGUUGUGAACGCUGUAAAAAGCUGCGAAAUGGUGUCAAGUAUUGUAAAGUUUUACGACUUCCAGAGAUUCUCUGUAUACACUUGAAGCGCUUUCGCCAUGAAGUAAUGUAUUCUUUGAAAAUCAGCAGCCAUGUCUCCUUCCCCUUAGAGGGGCUAAACCUGCGCCCGUUCCUGGCUAAGGAAUGCGUGUCCCAUGUCACUACAUAUGACCUAUUGGCUGUUAUCUGUCAUCAUGGCACAGCAGGAAUAAAUCUCUUGGAACAACCUGAUGAGCCAGUGAGAAAAAAAGAACACCCAAAGGAUCAUGGUGGUCACUAUAUAUCAUACUGUCAGAAUGUGAUUAAUGGUCAGUGGUAUGAAUUUGAUGACCAGUAUGUCACAGAAGUACAUGAGACGGUGGUUCAGAAUGCAGAGGCCUAUGUCUUGUUUUACAGGAAGAGCAGCGAGGAGGCAGAGCGGGAACGGCAGAAAGUUAUAUCUUUAGCAGAGAUGAAGGAAUCGGGUCUGCUGCAGUUCUACAUCUCCCGCGAGUGGCUCAAUAAAUUCAACACGUUCGCAGAGCCUGGACCAAUCAGCAACCAGAGCUUUCUAUGCUCACAUGGAGGAAUUCCUCCUAACAAGUAUCAUUAUAUUGAUGACCUGGUGGUAAUCCUGCCUCCGAAUGUUUGGGAAUAUUUGUACAAUAGAUUUGGAGGCGGCCCAGCUGUGAACCAUCUCUAUGUUUGCUCAAUAUGUCAGGUGGAAAUCGAAGCUUUAGCAAAGCGCCGGAAAACCGAGAUUGACACCUUUAUUAAGCUAAAUAAAGCAUUCCAGGCAGAGGAGUCCCCCAGUGUCAUCUACUGUAUCAGCAUGCAGUGGUUCCGGGAGUGGGAAGCCUUUGUCAAAGGCAAAGACAAUGAUGACCCUCCAGGUCCAAUAGACAACACAAAGGUGGCAUUGACAAAGAGCGGAGGAUUUGUGCAGCCCAAGCAAGGUGCUGAUUAUGGCCAAAUCUCGGAAGAAACAUGGAAUUACCUGUACACGAUUUAUGGUGGAGGCCCAGAGAUAGCCAUACGACAAACCAUCGCACUGCCUCAAGAGUUGGACAGUUUACAUGGGGAGCAGAAGAUAGAAGCAGAGACACGGGCUGGCUAGCAAUGACCAAAGGUCACGUGGACAUGGAACCCUAGUGGUAGCGUUGACUGCUGUGCCAGAUCACUGCACUCCUAGAAGCACCUUCAGAUGAGCUGUGCACACAGACACUGUUUUAUCUUUAGUAUUGUUUGGAUCUAAUGUUACGGACAAGAACUUCCCAGGUCUUGGUUUACCAAACUGUGGAUCAAUAUAGGCUGAAAUUCACCAAUGUAAAGAUAUUUCUGCAGAUCUUUAAUGCAGGGGAAGGUAGAAGGGUAUGAUUGGCAUGCUGUCCAUGUGUCAGAGGAAGAGAGACAGCUACCAUUGUGACAACAGAAGAAGCACUAUGACGGCCUUGGAAGUGCUUUGCCCUGCAGCCAGCUUGUCUUACUCUUAGUAUUGCCUUGUUAAUAUAACACUCACGCCUCAGUCCGUUGGUGAAGGGCAGAGAAUAGAUAGUUAUUGUGCUGGAGAUCAUGUGCCAGCAUCAGUGUCUGAAGGAUCACUUCACAGCUUGAGAAUGAAUGUUAAAGAGGACCAGUCUUUGCGUAGCCGGCUGCAUUUUGAGGCUGUUCACUUUAAAGUAAGCCCUUUUCCUGUCCUAAGAAAGACCCUCCUGGAAUGUAUGCAACUUACUAUAGCUGGACUAGGAGAUCAGUUGUGGGAGAGGUCUGAGAAAGUGGCAGGGAAAAAGAGGGAGCCGCAAAGAGGUUUUGUCUUCAAAAGAGCUUUUCAGAACCUAAUUCUCCAUUAACCUAACCUCCUAGUGUUGCUAUGGUAAUGUGCUUGCAAGAAUGGGGGGCUCACAAAACACUAAAAAUAGAGGCUCCCCCCAAAUACAUCCCUCAACCCAGCCUGGGCACAGCUGACCUACGUAAUAAAGGAAACAUGUGAUCUGGUGGGCACCAAUACCCCGAUUUAACCCCUACACUACAGAAGUAUGUGUUACAUUAUUAAAUGACUGUCCCUCUUUAAUAAGUCAUAAAAACAUUUGCAUAGCUCUCCAAAUUGAAGAAUAUAAAAGAAGCUGCAUUUUAUUUAUAGGAAGCAAUGUAAAGAUUUAUGGCCUGUGCUAGCAGGGGGUGGAGCUGUGUGGACUAGGCCCGCCUCUCGAACGGAGUCCUUUUCUAUCUUGAAAUGAGAUCUGUUAGUGGGGGGCGGAGCUGUUUAGAGUAAGCCCGCCUCUGAGGUCUAGUAACCCUGAUCCUUUCCCUCCUUGGAUGAACAUAUAUGGCCUCUGCUAGCGGGGGCAGAGCUGUGUAGAUUAGAACCGCCUCUCAGGUAUCGGUGACCUGAUCCUUUCCCACCUCGAGACGUAGACUUUGCCUUCUUAGCUUUAAGUCAUGUGCUGUAAUCUGCCUCAUGUUUAUGUUUCCUUCACUGUGAAGUGCAUGCUGCUGUGUUCUAGUAAUACUUCAUGUACAGUAUUACACGGCCCAUGGGCUGCUGGGAUAUUCAAUAAAUUAACAAGUCUUGCUCGGUUUGAA